AUGCUACCGCUCAUGUGCCCUCAGGACGUAGAUCCCAAGACCAAGCCGCAACGCUCAGACGAAAGAGACUGCGCCCCCCAGGCGCGGAAGUCGUGGAAGCUGGGCCUUUCUCUGGGCUUGAACAUGAGCCUGAUCCAGGCCAUCUACCUCGCAGGCUUCGGGAUGAGCGCCGCCUGCAUCCAGUACUGGAACUUCAACGCGCACGAGGUGCUGCUCACCCUCUUCUGCGUGGUCUUCGGCGUGAUGUCGGUGAGCUCCAUCGUGCAGUACAUCCCCGACUCUGCAUCCGGGCACCACUCGGCCAUGGAGGUCUUCCGGCUCAUCGACCAGGUUUCCAAGAUCGACGCCACGAAGCCGACCGGGCGCAUUGAGAGCAUCGGAGACGGGUCCAUCCACUUCCAGAACGUGCACUUCUGGUACCCCCAUCGGCCGGAGGUGCGGGUGCUCAAGAAGCUGAACUUCACUAUCCAGAAAGGUCAGGCCGUUGCCCUGGUGGGCUUCUCCGGCAGCGGCAAGUCCACUGUCAUCCAGCUCCUGCAGCGUUUCUACGACCCCCAGGGUGGAGCGAUUCGAGUGGGCGGCCAGGAUUUGCGUGAUCUGAACGUGGCAUGGUGGCGCAAGCAGGUCGGCAUGGUAGGCCAGGAGCCAGUCCUCUUCGACGUGUCCCUGGAAGAGAAUGUCAAGUAUGGCUACCCUGAGGCAACAGAUGCCCAGGUGAGGGAUGCAGCACAGGCUGCCAACAUGGACUACGUCUUCUCGGGUGCUGUGAAGUGGACCGACCGCAUCGGCCUCCGCGGAGAGAAGCUGUCUGGUGGGCAAAAGCAGCGUUGCGCCAUUGCUCGCGCCCUGCUCCGGCGGCCCCAGUUCAUGCUGCUGGAUGAGGCGACGUCGGCUCUCGACUCCACGUCCGAGCGCCUGGUGCAGCAGGCAAUGCAGGAAGCAAGGGUGGGCAAGACCACCAUCACGGUGGCACAUCGGCUCUCCACGAUCCAGAACUCAGACAAGAUCUUCGUGAUGUCCAACGGCAAAGUGGUCGAAGCGGGAACCUACCAUGAGCUGAUCCACAUGGAUGGAAACUUUGCGAAGCUGGCAGCGCGCAGCUUGUGA